AUGGACAUAAAACUAAAAAAUCCUGAUUGCUGGUACAGUCUCCAUGGCCAGGUCCCAGGGCUGCUGGACUGGGACAUGGGGAAUGAAUUUUUCUUGCCCUGCACCACAGACCAAUGUCACUUAACUGAGCAGAACCUUGCCCAAUAUAGACUCCGAGUAAUGGAGCCCCCAAAGGUGCCUCAAGAGAGGAGAACCAGUCCAGACAAAGAUGGUCCUGACUCUGAACCUAACCUGUGGAUGUGGGUAAAUCCCAACAUCAUGUGCCCCCUUGGCAGCCAGGAGACCUUAAAUCCCAGUAAAGAAAAGGAUCUGACAAGCAUGCUUCCUUACCCUCAGCCACUCCCAAAGAAUGAGUCUAACUGCUCAAAGGCCACAGUGAUGGAAUCCCUGACAGCUUCCUCCAGCAAGAAAUCUUCCCCACAGAAGCGGUUCAUCUAUCCUCCCAGUGACUGGGAGCUCACAAAAGAAGAAACCGAGGAACAAGAGAACAACUGCUCUGUGUCCCUCCAAUCCCCUAACAAAAGGGAGUGCUUCCAGAACCAGAAGCUAUGGCAAGGCAACAGCCAGGAGAGGAAGUCCUGGCCCCGGCCUCCGCUCAAUUACAGUCACCUAAUUGCCCUGGCAUUAAGAAACAGCCCACCUUGUGGCCUUAAUGUGCAAGAGAUCUACAAUUUCACCCGGCAGCAUUUCCCCUUUUUUUGGACAGCUCCAAAUGGCUGGAAAAACACCAUCCGCCACAAUCUCUGUUUCCUGGGCAGCUUUGAGAAGGCACCAGUCAAUCUUCAGAAUGGGACCCAUGUAAAGCCACGGUCUGGCCUCUGGAGGCUUACUGAAGAGGGACACCGCCGCUUUCAGGAGGAGACUCGUGCCUUAGCCUCUGCUCGGAGGGAGAGCAUCCAACAGUGCAUGAGCCAACCAGAUGUGAUGACUUCCCUCUUUGGCCUUUGA